AUGCACGUAUGUGGGCCACCUAAUGAAUCAAUUUAUGAGUUUGAUAAUAACUAUCAAAUUCAUCUAUUUGUUCCAUUAAUGAUUUCGUUAUUUUCUGUGUGUCGUGGUCGAAUACCGUUUGUUAUAAGGCACUUUUCUCGCGGUGUCAUUCGAGAUGCUCUGUUACCUUGUGAGAGCGUAGUAGAGCUCAGUUGUGAAGUGUACAAGCAUAGAGGAGAUGUGAACUAUGAUCAACAACGAUCACCACCAAUGAUGAUGCUUCAUGGACUUUUUGGGUCUAAGCUGAAUUAUCGAACAGUUGGACGGAAGAUAAGUCAAUUGGCUAAGCUUGAGGUUAAAGGACUUGAUUUCCGGAACCAUGGGUCUUCGCCUCAUGCCAUACCUUUAUCGUAUAAUGCAUUAGCAGGAGAUGUUAUUCACCAUAUAGAACGACACGAGGAUAUAGACGCCAUAAAACGGAAUGACGGACUUAUACUUUUAGGUCAUCUGAUGGGAGCAAAAGUAGCUAUGCUUAUUGCCUUACAAAGACCAGAUCUUGUAUCUAAGUUGAUAGUGGUUGAUAACUCUCCCAUUAAACAAGAUCUAGAAGCAUUCGUACGGCCCAAGCUUGAAGGUAUGUGUGAGAUUGAACGUGAGCUUGAAGGCACAAAGGCACCCAAUAGUGCCAUGUGGCCCAGGAUCACUCUGAUUCUUAGUAAGUAUGUUGAAGAUGAAAGAGAACGGUUUUUUCUUAUGUCUAAUCUUGAUGUAAAAGGGAAGGUGACUGCGAGUAUACCACGUCGGUUUCGCAUACCUGUUUUAGAAUUUCUACAGAAUGAUUUGGCAUUAAAUGUUGGAGAUUGGCCAUUAAAUCGUCAGCCGUCAAAACCAAAGUUUCAUAAGCCAGUGUUGAUAAUGAAGGCAAAACAUUCAGAUUUUAUUGAUGAAAGGGGUUUAAAAGAGUUUUCAAACUAUUUCACCCAAUUGAAGGUAGACACCUUUGAUACGAACCAUUGGAUAGUGGCCAAUCAGCCUGAAGAGUUUGUGCGGUCAGUAGUGGCUUUUAUUGAAGAUAAAGAAUAG